AUGUGCGAAGCUUUAGGACGCAGUGGUUGCUCAAUUCAUCAAGAACACUCACCAAUGACUACAACGUCGUUCUUGGACAAGCAGAUAAUGGAUCUCUCGCAAGGAUCAUCGCAGCAGAAUGACUUCAUCGGCCUGAUGAACCAUCCCCAAGAGGUGGAACAGCAGGUGGGCUACGGUAAUGGGCUUUCCAAGAAGGACAAGAUCUUAUCCAACUAUUUCCAGUCCAUUAGUCCCAUCAUCGGAUCUUCUUUCCAGUCCCCAAAUAUUGAUGCCAAACAUAAUCUUGGAGGUGGAGGAGAAGGAUCCACUAGGGCAUGGAACUCCUCCGAGUCAAAGUCCAACACUACGUCUCCUAUCAGAGUAAUUAACCUGCCUCAGAAUCUCACUCUUUAUCUUUCUUUGUCCAUACAGUUACCGAAUUAUGGUUCUCUGGAUUCCAUUAAACCGUCAGAGCUUAUUUUAGAGAAGGACCAAAAUGUUCCUGAUGCUACAAUUGUGUCAGAGAUUGACCGCACCAUGAAGAAGCAUGUCGAUAGUUUACUCCAUGUGUUGGAAGGUGUUAGUGAGAAACUAACACAACUAGAGAGCAGAACCCGCCACCUUGAAAAUUCUGUAGAUGAUUUGAAGAUAUCUGUGGGAAACAAUCAUGGGAACACUGAUGGAAAGAUGAGACAGUUGGAGAAUGUUCUUAGAGAUGUGCAAACAGGUAUUCAGGUAUUGAAGGAUAAACAAGCAAUAGUAGAGACCCAGCUCCAGCUUGGGAAGACGCAGGUUUCAAAUUCCAAGUUAGACACUCAAUCGCAAGUUUCUGGGCAGACAGUAGCUUCUGAAUCUACGCAAGCUCGCCAACAGCCUCCUCACCCUGUGAAUCUUCCAUCUUCACUUCCUGCUGUCUCUCCACCAAAUGCUCCUCCACAACCUAUGUUCCAAAGUGUACUACCUUUAGUUCCGCCUCCAAAUCAGUUUUCUCAGAAUCAGAUACCUCCUGUCCCUCAGCGAGACCCUUAUUUUCCAGCACCUGGUCAAACUCAAGAAGCCCCAAAUCAGCAAUACCAGUUACCUCCAAGUCAGCAGUCACUCCCCCCUCCUACAGCAGCACCACAUCAACAAUUUCAACCUACCACUCAACCACAGCAUUCUCAGCCACCACCUCAGCUGCCUCAACAGCACCCUUCACUUGCACCUGUUAAUCCCUCUCAACUCCGGCCUACAUUAGGCCACCAUGCGGAAGAGGCACCUUAUGUUCCUUCCUUAAGCUACCCACCCAAUCUUCCCCAGCCACCUUAUCAGACACCCAGUGGGCUCUCUCCCUCCCAACAGUAUUAUGGUCCAGGUUCCCACGCCUAUGAACCACUAUCUAGCAAAUCCAGUAUAGGAUUUUCUUCUGGGUAUGGUCCUGCAUCUGCGCUAGGUGAGACAUAUCAUUACGGUGGAUCACUUCAAGAUGACAGUUCCUCAAUGAAACCACGAAUGCCUUCUUCUGCCACAGCUCACAGUGGAGGAAUUGGUUACCCACAGCUCCCAGUUGCUCGAGUAUUGCCUCAUGCAUCGCCUGCCUCUUCUAGGGUGGGUGGUUCUUCAGGUUCAGCUGGGACUGGAAACAAGGUUCCCAUUGAUGAUGUGAUUGAUCAUGUGACAACUAUGGGUUUUCCAAGAGACCAUGUUAGGGCGACGAUUCGGAAGCUGACGGACAAUGGCCAAGCAGUUGAUGUGAAUGUGGUGUUAGAUAAGCUGAUGAAUGACGGGGAAGUCCAGCCGCCUAGAGGUUGGUUUGGCCGGUAG